AUGGUGUUCAUGAUAGCCGAUGAAAAACGCGACAUGAAGCCCUAUGCUGUUCCUGUACGAUUUAUACCUUACCACAGUGUGACUGACAAUAAACUGCGUGAACUGUGUAUGGAGCUACGGAGUGCCAUGGUAAAUUUGGGAAUGCUUGUGGUUGGUGAGUUAAGAUUUUUCUUUAAUUGUCUCUGUUAACUACCUUAAGUUUAUACAACAGAAAGGGGCUGCUCUGCUGCUUAAAAAGCCACCUUUCUCAGACCAGACUGGCAUAGCGCUGAGUAUAUUGGUACUUUUAGAGUGCAUAGAGCCUGUUGAAUUUUUAAAUAAUUGUCAUUUUUUACUCAGCAACUGAAUGGUGAUUUGCAUCUUCACCCGCCCACCCCCCCCCCCCCCACCUCCCAAAAUUGUAAUUUGAAAUAAGCCAAACAACAAUUUAUUUAUCUGAUUUUUGUUUGUUUUAGGCACUGUCACAGAUGGAGAAUUUAACUCCAUCCGCACUAUGGGAUCAAAAAGAGCUAUUUCCAUAAUUCAAGUGAUGAUGGAUUCAAAGUCAGAGGCUAGAAGCACCAAUGUUAAUGCCAUACGGAGGUAUUUCACACCAGUUGCAGUCCCAGGUAACUUUUCUUUAACUGAUGUUUUAUCUAUGCCAAAAUCUGACCACUGGAAAUUCUUCACUAUCAUAUGUGUGUGUGUAUGUGUGUGUGUGUUGUAGGUGGAAAUGAAAUUCAGGUUAAAAUGAUUUCAACCUAGAUUGAUUUGAAUCUCCUUUGUUUCGAAGAGGCAAUUCGCAUGUAUUUUAAAACCUUAACUUUUCUUCCUAACAGGUGCCAAUGGGACAUUUUCUGUAAGAGGUCAGGCUCAACACCCAGCCAUUCCGGUUGAGGACAUUGUAUGGCUUUAUGACUUCAUGAAUGCUGAUGGCAAUCAAGUACCAUUUGAAAGCGCCAUCCACAUUUUAAAACGGAAGCUGUUUCCUGCCAAUUAUGACCCUUAUCCUUGGGAGUGUUUUAUGAGCACUAUUACCCUCAAAUGGUACGGCAUGAAGUCCAACUACUAAUUUAAAAUUGCAUAUUAAAUAACAAAAUUUAAAAAUGAAAUUAUUAUUACAUUAAAUCUCUGCCUGUGCACGGGCUGUUAUAGAGGAUCAGUAGGGCCAGUUUAUAGGCUACCCAUGGCCUAAGGUGCCAUGUACUGUCAAUGUACCUUUCAGUUCUAUUUAUCAUUUAUUUUCAAUUGUUUCUUUUCCUUUAAACAGUGGCUGAAGAGGAUACCAAAGGUUGUCUUAAGUCUUUGAUGGCAACAUACUUGUUCCGCUACAAAAUAAAACGAAUGAAAGAAGAAUUAAAUGUGGACUUCAGCAAACACCUUUACCAGCCUGAAUUGUGUGAUGUCACUGGGGAAUACAUACAUGAGAGAGAAGACCACAACCAUGUUCUUAAACGUAUCACUGAAUGUCUUCGUGCAGGUGAAAUCCCAGGGGUUGACACCCGCUACUUCAGAGAUGCCCUGCAUGAUGCUCAUUCAGGUUAAUAACAAUUAUUUGUGUUGUGUGCGUAGUCUAUUAAAGGCCCUUGUUCAUCCAAAAUGCAAUGUGCGCCCAAGCUUAUUUUUGCACUGAUGGAAAAUCUAAAAAUUAACGUUCCAGGCAAUCAUAAUGCUACAUUGAACAAUUGAACCUGUUUUAAAACAAAAACACAAACACACACAGCAGAUUGGGUGAACAUGUACCUUUAAUCAUGAUGUUUUGAUAAUAAUGAUUCAUUUGACCCCCUCUGGGUUUAAAUGAAUUCUUGUAUUCAUACCUGUGUACUACAGGUAUAUUGAUGACAUAGAAAAUGGCAUUCUGACAUUUCUUGCUUUGAUUAUUUUUGAUAGUUCGUGAAAGGGUUAAUAGCCUUUUUUUUUUUUUUUUUUCACAUUAUCCUUAUAUGAACUGAUGUAAUUCAUUCUAAUAAUUACUAUCCCUUUAACUCCCAAGGGUGCCAAAGAAAAAAAAAUUCAAGAAAAAUACCAGAUUUCAUUUUGUAAAAUAUUGAAAAACUAAUGUUUCCGUAAAAAUGUACUGCUGAAGAGGUUUCAUUUGAAUGGUCACACCAUACGAUUUUGUCCACAGACUCAAAAGUUAGAACUAGUGCUUUACAUGUCUCCAUAAUUAUUGACUGUGGAAGUGAAAGGGUUAAUAUUAUUAAUGUUCUUGUCAUGACCAUGACAACAAAAUUGCUUUGACCUACCACAUGUACAUUUUUUUUCUUUCACUGAAAAUUUCUCCAAAAUACAAAAGGAAUUUGCUUACAUACAAAAUAUGUAAUUGAGCAGUAUUUAAAAAGGAAUAUCAAAAAGUUUUUGGAAGCCUCAGCAACGGCAUUUUUUUAAAUACAGGUUUAACUUAUGAGGCUUUAACUGGAAAACAGAAACAGUCAGUACCACAUUGUGAACAGGUGUUUUCAAAGGGUGUACUGGAGUUCAUGCAAAGGAAUGGCCAUACUUCAGAGGCACACUUUGUUGAAACUGUUCGAAACUGGCAUAAGGCGGCAGAUGGACGGGGACUAUCAGAGGAAACACGGUCAAAGUAUAACAAUGACAUGAUCAAUUUUCUGUUGACUGAUUGGAUGCCCUGGCAUGAGUAA